UUGGGUUUCAAUUGUUUACCUCUGUUUUAGCCAUUGCUUAGGCUUCGGUUCUUUGUUGUGCAAGAAAAACAACACCACCGCAACUAUAAAAGUGUAUUUUUAAUUUUUAUAUUUGUUAAGCUUGAACAGCGAACGUUUCCUUUGUUUGUUUUUCCACUGAGCGUCAAGAGCAGACCGAUGUUAUUUGGUGCGUAAACAAAAACUCCAGUCAGUUUAGACCCAUGGAGUCGGCUUUAGGUCUGAGCUUUAAUUAUGUUUACAUUUUGAUUUCUAAAAGACAAUAUACUAGUUAUAUAAGAAAAAAAGUGCUAAGUUUGAUGAAAAUAAGUUGUAUUCCAAAACUGACGGAUCAUUUAAAGUAUGAGAAACCUGUAAUGAGGUUUUGAGCUGAAUCUUUGCGUUGUGGGGCAGAUUUUUGCAGUUUUUGCUGGUUUUUUGAACAUGUUGUUUGAGGAAUUGGUUGACUUUAAUUUCUGUAUAGAGUGCAGCAGAGAUGAAAUGUUUUGUUCAGAAAAUAUUGUUCUCAAAUUAACAACUUUUUGUUUUGUUCUCUUACACAUUUUCACUAAAGGUGCAGUGCUAACAUUUAUGCUAUAAAAGAACUACACCAGAGUAAUAAGACUUGAACUUCACUGUAAGAGCCAAAGGGAAUGUUUAGGUUUUCUUUAUUUGUUAUGGUGGCACUUUAGAUUUUCCCCGCACCUCAGAUAAUUGCAUCCUGGGGUCGCACGUUAUUUACCUGACGUUCUCAACACGGAGGUUGGGGGAGUGGUUUGGUUGCAAACUUUUCUGCUGACCGUCAUUUUAGCACGUCAGUUAAUACAUUUGUACAUUUGUUUUGAAUCAAAGCGCAAAGUUUGUUGUUUUGUUUUAAAAUAAAUACGCAAACACAAAUGGGACUAAGUGGCUCAUUGGAGACACGUCACACAUCCACAUUUGCGGAUGGAAGUCCCAACAUUCAAAUGUGUUUUAUCGCAUGCAUCAGAACAAUGAAGAGGAUUUGUGGAUAUACGUUUUGGAGUCACGAAGCUUUCAGAUAGUCGGACGCUGUUCUCAAAGGAGUUAUUGGAAACGUCACCGCCACAGUGACACGAAAAAGAUUGACGCAACAUACACAUCAGAAGCGACUUGAGAUAUGACUGCACUAUGCUGUUGCUGUGACUCCAGUUAAUUCUACAAGACAUGCUGUGCUGUCCUGUCGUCUCACUCCUCCCCUGCUUGAUCCACAUGGACUCGGCCAUCUCCCACCACAACAAGCUGCAGACUGCUCACACCUCUCAGGACAACGACCCCAAACACACAGCCAAAGUCAUUAGGAACUAUCUUCAGUGUAAAGAAGAACAAGAAGUACUGGAAGUGAUGGUACGGCCCCCACAGAGCUCUGAUCUUAACAUCAUCGAAUGUGUCUGGGAUUACAUGAAGAGACAGAAGGGGUUGAGGAAGCCUGUAUCCACAGAAAAUCUGUGGUUAGUUCUCCAAGAUCUUUGGAACAACCGACCAGCUGAGUUCCUUCAAAAUGCGACUUUAAGGACCCGCUGCCUUAAUCUUCUGGGCUUCCAGCAGUUUAUGGAAGACAGUGAAAUGACCUCUGACCUGAUGGACGAGGGAAAGGAGCUGAACCGCCAGGGUCAGUAAAACCGAGACAGCUCUUCAGAAUCGGCGACAACAUCUCCAGCACCAUCAGACUGAGAACAGGAGCUCCUCGAGGCUGUGUUCUCACCCCACUGUUGUUCGCUG